CGGAUGGGGAUAAGCCAGGCUUACCUGGAGAAAUGGGACCAAAAGGUGAAAAAGGUGAAUCAGGAUCUCCUGCUUAUCAGUCAGGCCCACCUGGGUUCCCUGGUAAGCACGGCACACCCGGCCUCCGUGGUCCACCUGGUCCUGCUGGAGCCCCUGGUCCUCUCUUUGGAUUAAAAGGAUACGAGGGGACACCGGGUAGAUUUGGCAUACAAGGUUUCCCUGGGCCAAGAGGAUCAAAAGGACCUAAAGGUGAAGAAGGCGAUUGCAGUAAGUGCCUUGUGGAUGAUGAAGUCAGAAGGGGCUCCACUGGCCUCCCUGGCCCUCCUGGCUUCCCAGGAACCCCUGGCCAACCUGGGAGGAAAGGAGAACCUGGUGAUCAAGGGCCGCAUGGUAUUCCUGGCUACCCUGGAGCAAAAGGUUUUUCGGGUCAAGAUGGAUUUCCUGGACCAAAAGGAGAAAAGGGAGAUUCUUUAUACAUAACUACUAAAGGCACCAAAGGAAUCCGAGGAGAUCCUGGACUGCCUGGUAUCAGAGGUGAAGAUGGUUUCCCAGGCAGAGAUGGAUUAGAUGGUUUACCAGGACAGCCUGGCCUUCCAGGUGAUGGCAUCAGAGGUUUCCCUGGUGAUCCUGGUUAUCAAGGUGAAUUAGGCCCAAAAGGCUUUCCAGGAGAAGCAGGUCCACCAGGUGAAGGAUUUCCUGGUCCAAAAGGGUAUCGAGGUCCUCCAGGUGACCAUGGACAAGAUGGAAGCCCUGGACCUCCAGGUCUGCCUGGUCUGCCAGGAGAGCCUGGCCAACUUGAUUGUGGGCAGGUCACUGAAGACUUUUCUAGAGGAGAUGGAACUGAGCCAAUAUGGUCAGGCGCAGGCUGUGUGAGGCCACCAAAGGGGUCCCAGGGCAAGCCAGGACUGCCAGGAGCCACAGGUGCAAAAGGUGCAAGAGGAUUCCCAGGUGAUCCAGGUCCAAUGGGAUACCCAGGGCUAAAUGGUACACGAGGUGAUCCAGGUCGGGAAGGAUUCCCAGGUCCUCCAGGUUUCACUGGCCCCAGGGGAGACAGGGGCCCAAGUGGCCUACCUGGACUGCAAGGACACCCAGGCCUUACAGGAAAAUCUGGUGCUCCAGGAGCAGCAGGACUGAAGGGCUUUCCUGGUGAAGUUUUAGGAGCAGCAGCAGGUGCCCGAGGGGAUGUCGGGCUCCCUGGCUUCCCGGGGUUAAAAGGCGCACCAGGAGAUCAAGGAAUACCAGGAAUUAGAGGAGCGGAUGGUAACCCAGGUUUGCCAGGACCCAAAGGAGAUCCAGGUCCGCAAGGUCUCCCUGGUUUGAUGGGAUUGCCAGGAAUACCGGCAACGCGUGGAUUCCCAGGGCUACCAGGAAACCCUGGGCCAGAUGGUGUGCCUGGCUCUCAAGGACCUGAUGGUCCACCUGGUGCUAGGGGAGAAGAUGGUGAGCAAGGCUUUCCUGGCCCUGUGGGCCUGAAAGGUCUGGCUGGAGACAAAGGUGAAACAGGUUUCGAGGGAUUACGAGGUAUACCUGGCGUGACUGGUCCCCCUGGCAUAAGCGGAAUGGAUGGCUUUCCAGGAGAUAAAGGCUCAAGAGGUUCACCUGGCAUUGAUGGUUUCAAAGGCAUGACAGGCCUAAAAGGAAGACCAGGCAUCAAGGGAAUCAAAGGAGAAUUUGGCCUGCUGGGGGCUCGGGGCGAUAAAGGCUCACAGGGCGCACGCGGCUUUAAAGGUGACCGUGGGGAUCAAGGUCCCCCUGGAGAACCCCCAAAGCUCAAGCCCAGCAUGAUGAUGGAAGUUAAAGGUGAAAAAGGCGAUGCUGGAGAAAGGGGCACAAAGGGAUUCUUUGGCUUAAAAGGUAGCAAGGGAAUGCCAGGCAUCCCUGGAAAGACAGGCACUCCAGGGUCCCCUGGGCAUCCCAGCUACGUGGCUGGUGUGAAAGGGGACGUUGGCACGAAAGGGCUGACAGGUCUGAAAGGGUACCCUGGUCCAGCCGGCUCUCCUGGCAUCAGAGGCUUCCCUGGCAGCACAGGAGACAGGGGAGAAAAAGGUAUUCCAGGAAUUUCAGGCCGUUUUGGUACUCCUGGCUCGUUUGGUGAAAUAGGUGAGCGGGGAGAAACUGUAAACUUACCAGGAGUGCCAGGCCUCAAAGGGGAAGUUGGUGUGCCAGGCUUAACAGGCACAAGAGGAGGCGCAGGACAAAAAGGUGAAGGUGGUGAUCCUGGUUUCCCUGGCAUUGAAGGCCUCAAGGGCACACAGGGUGUCCCUGGCUCUGUGGGACAGGAAGGUUUCCCAGGACUGGUUGGGCCCCCAGGACAGCAAGGAAGCCCAGGGACACCUGGAUUUCAAGGUGAAAAGGGAACCCCAGGCUGGCCUGGCUUACCAGGACAAGCAGGCUCGCCUGGCUUAAGAGGAAUCGGUGGACUGCAUGGUUUACCAGGCACUAAGGGUUUACCAGGGUCACCGGGUCCAGAUGUCUACGGCUCUGCAGGUUUCCCAGGGGCAGUGGGUGACAAAGGGGAAGCAGGAGAGCCGAGCAGAGUGGAAGGCAGCCGAGGACCUCCAGGCCAGAAGGGAGACAGAGGUGUUCCAGGUUUGUAUUCCGGAGAAUGGGAUCUACUCAUCUGUUUCAGCCAUUGUGGAUGUUACAUAAAUGUCACAAAAUGUAGUAUAGAUGGAUUUCCAGGGCCUCCUGGGAUUUCAAAUAUAUCGGGAUAUCCUGGAGAUAGAGGUUCCCCAGGUCUAGAUGGAGUGCCAGGCUAUCCAGGACUACAGGGGCAGCCUGGAAUACCAGCUCCACCAGGAAGCAAAGGAGAAAGUGGACAGAUAGGUGUGAGUGGACAAAUUGGCCCAAAAGGAAGUAGAGGUGAUCCUGGACCAGAAGGGAGACCUGGCAUUCCCGGGUACCCUGGACCAAAAGGCCGUAAGGGUGAACAAGGUGUCAUCGGCUUUAUGGGCACAAUAGGAUUUCCGGGUGAUUUGGGACCCAUCGGACCCAAGGGAGACAGAGGCCUAACUGGCUUUCAAGGGCCUCCAGGCUCUCCUGGGCUGCCUCCUCUUCCUCCAAGGCUGGUUGCUGAGCAAGGUUCACCAGGCCCCCGUGGAAAUAUAGGACCUCAAGGGAGCCCAGGAGAUUUGGGACCUCCGGGUCCACCAGGCGAUCCAGGUUUCAGAGGCUCGCCGGGAAACCCAGGAUUCCAGGGCAGGGGGGGCAUUCCAGCUCCUCCCGGCUCCAGAGGUGAACAAGGAGCAACAGGGUUUCAGGGUCCGGUGGGAUUUGAAGGUCAGCCUGGCCGCCCCGGUAGCCCUGGGCUACCAGGCAUGCCGGGUCGCAGCGUCAGCAUGGGCUACCUGCUGGUGAAGCACAGCCAGUCCGAUCAAGAGCCAAUGUGCCCAGUUGGCAUGAACAAGCUCUGGAGUGGAUACAGCCUGUUGUACUUCGAAGGACAAGAGAAAGCACACAACCAGGAUCUAGGGCUGGCUGGCUCAUGUUUGGCUCGUUUUAGUACCAUGCCAUUCCUCUACUGUAACCCUGGGGAUAUCUGUUAUUAUGCCAGUCGAAAUGAUAAGUCCUACUGGCUCUCAACUACAGCACCUCUUCCAAUGAUGCCCGUGGCAGAAGAUGACAUUAAGCCAUAUAUCAGUCGCUGCUCAGUUUGUGAGGCCCCAGCUGUGGCGAUUGCUGUCCACAGCCAAGAAGCAUCUAUUCCUCACUGCCCUGAAGGCUGGCGCAGUUUGUGGAUCGGAUAUUCCUUCCUUAUGCACACUGCCGCUGGUGAUGAAGGUGGAGGACAGUCGCUGGUGUCUCCUGGGAGCUGCCUGGAAGAUUUCCGAGCAACUCCGUUCAUCGAAUGCAACGGCGCACGUGGAACCUGUCACUACUUCGCAAAUAAAUACAGCUUCUGGCUCACCACCAUCGACCAGCCCUUCCAAAGCAAGCCCUCGGCAGAUACGCUCAAGGCAGGACUCAUCCGAAGCCAUAUCAGCAGAUGUCAAGUCUGUAUGAAAAAUUUGUAGAAGCCUUUCCCGGUAUAAGGAACCUGCUUAUCGUGUGGGUCUUAUACAGUGGGACCUUCUAUGAUGGUUAGAUGUUUGAAUAAAUCACAUUGGUGCUUUUCUUAACUUAUUACCUCAAAAGCUGAAUGGAAAGUUAAUUUUUAAAAGUGUCUGUAAAAGCAAAUUAAGUGUAACACAAAUUAAGUCUAACACACAGAUCUAGUGCUGUGUUCUCAUACUAUACAGUAUAUACGCAUUUUUUUGCUAGUCUAACAUUAUGUCAUUUGCCAAAUGAUACAAAUACUCGCAGCUUUGAAACACCAAAGAAACUUC